GGUGGCGCUGCGCCGCCGGGAGCCGCUCUAGUCGCUGUGUGUGGCCUAUCUGGCCCAUCCUACUCUCGGUGGCGGACUCAGACGGCAGCCGGCUCGGGACAGAAGCUCCUGUACACGGUGACAUUAUGGCUGUCAGCACCGGGAUCUCCCUCGCUCUCUCCUCUCUGGUCUCCCUGCUGUUGUUUGCUGCCAUGCAGAUGUACAGCAAGCAGCUGGCGUCCUCGGAAUGGCUGACCAUCCUCGGAGGUCUCUUGGGUUCCGGAGUCUUCUUCUUCUCCCUCACUGCCUUUAAUAACUUGGAAAACGUGCUGUUUGGGAAAGGAUUCCAGGCCAAGAUCUUCCCAGAAGUUUUCACCUGUCUUUUCCUCGCGCUGUUUGCCUCCGGCCUGGUCCACAGGGUCUGUGUCACAACAUGCCUCAUUUUCUCGCUGGUGGACCUCUACUAUGUCAACAAGAUCUCCUCGGGACUCUACCAGACAGUCACGGCAGCCGUUACUCCGGGCAAAGUGCUCGGCAAGAGCAAGAAAAGGAACUGACCUUCGCGCCGUUACCGUGGCCGGCCCUGAGAGGGCGCUCUGUCUACAUUCCCCCCCCCCGUCCCGUCUGUUCUCUGUGAAAUAAAGUGCUGAGUCUUUCUAA